GAGCAAGGCAGUUCCAUAGAUACAGGUGGACGUAUACCUCGACCAGCCAAUCCACUACCGCGAGAAGAGAGCGAAGAUCAAGAGGAAAAGGCUCGUCUAAUCGCUCAAGUUCUCGAACUUCAGAAUACGCUUGAUGACUUAAGUCAACGUGUUGAUAGUGUGAAAGAGGAAAGUUUGAAACUUCGUUCGGAGAAUCAGGUGCUCGGGCAGUACAUCCAGAAUCUGAUGUCAUCAAGUUCAGUAUUUCAAUCAGCGCAACCAAAACCACCCACUAACAAGUAA